AUUGGUCGAUUGUAGGUCUAGCACAGGAAGCGCAUGGGUGUGUUUCCGGGGGGUGGACGCAAAGCUGCAACGACGAACUUUGCAGAAGAUACCGACGGUGCUUGUGCUUGCGCAGGAUGGAGCUGCGGCCACUCAUCAUGUGUUUUGCUCUCUGUGUGGUUUACGCCACCAGCAAACCCACAGAGAAGAAGGACCGCGUUCACCACGAUGAACCUCUCAGCAACCGAGAGCACGAUGAUGCGGAGAACUUUGACUAUGACCAUGAAGCCUUCCUAGGACAGGAAGAGGCCAAGACCUUUGACCAGCUCACACCAGAAGAGAGCAAGGAGAGGCUUGGCAUGUUGGUUGAACGUAUAGAUGAGGAUAAAGAUGGCUAUGUGACUGUUGAAGAAAUGAAGAAGUGGAUCAAGCACGCACAGAAGAGGUGGAUCUAUGAUGAUGUGGAUCGACAGUGGAAGAGUCAUGACCUCAACGGGGAUAACGUGGUGUCCUGGGAAGAAUACAAGAACGCCACUUAUGGAUACAUUCUGGACGAUCCUGACCCCGAUGAUGGCUUCAGCUACAGGCAGAUGAUGGCUCGUGAUGAGAGGAGAUUUAAAAUGGCUGACCAGGACAAUGACAUGAAAGCUAACAAGGAGGAGUUUACAGCCUUCCUUCACCCUGAGGAGUAUGACCACAUGAAAGACAUUGUAGUGCUGGAAACUAUGGAAGACAUUGACAAGAAUGGAGAUGGCUUAAUUGAUCUGGAUGAAUACAUAGGUGACAUGUACAACCAGGAGGGAGACACCUCAGAACCUGAGUGGGUAAAGACUGAGAGGGAACAGUUUACUGAAUUCAGAGACAAAAACAAGGACGGGAAGAUGGAUAAGGACGAGACCAGAGACUGGAUCCUGCCCAGUGACUACGACCAUGCUGAGGCUGAGGCCAAACAUCUGGUCUAUGAGUCUGAUGCAGACAAAGACGGCCGUCUCACCAAAGCCGAAAUUGUGGAUAAGUAUGACUUGUUUGUGGGCAGCCAGGCGACUGACUUCGGGGAGGCACUGACUCGACACGAUGAGUUCUAAAAUCCGCCUCCAAAGACUGUGUGCUCUUCUUGUGUGCCACCUCUAGCAGUGGAGUGUUUUUUAAACAAGAUGAGCUUGCCUAAUCGAACAUCACAGACAGUAAUUUAUUUGAUUUCUUGAAUGUGUCCCAUUGCACACACACACACUAACAUUCUUAGUAAAUUGCACACAAUCGGCCAGUGUGAGCGCACGAUAGAUCAUGCCUCAGACUGGGAUAUAUUGCCAGCCUUUGCUCAGCUUCUGUACACUACCCUUUUUUUUUUUUUUUUGUUUUGUUUGUUUUGCCCCAUAUCAGGUAAAGGAUAAACAUUUUCAGUCUUUUUUUCCUUUUUUUUUUUUUAAACUUUCACGGCCUUGAUGUGUUAUAAAACCUUUUAUGGAAUAAGGCUUUGGCUUGUAGUCUACAGAAGAGCUUGUCACAGCAGGUCAUUCUGUAGUGCAUUAGACUGAAACAUAAAGCAAAAUUUGUACCAUUUCUCUGUGAUUGGGCUCAAAACAAACUUCACUUGUACUUUGUUUUUCAUUUAUUGUUCACGAUAUUGUGAUGCUGGAUUAAUAGUCGUUUGUAACAAGGAGGUAUAGAUCCAAUUCCAGUGGCAAUGAAGACCAUUUGGUCGAGUGCAAUACAGUAUCAUCAGUGGGACUGGGCUGUCUUUGCUAAGCCGGGCCUUAAACCUUCCAUGUUAACAAAAGCUGUGCGUCCCACCUGAGGUGCUUUGUGUUAGCUGAAGGAAUGUAGUUGAAUUUAGUGACUGAUGGAUGCUUUGUCCUCAAUGCUGCCUCCUAUCUCCUUUCUCAUCACCUCAUCAGUGUGAGUGCGUGUGCGUGCAUGUGAAUCCAUGUGUACAUAUUUACUUGUAUUCUUGAUAACUUUUUUUUUCUUUUAGUGUUACAAGUUUUGUUUAAUUCAGCUGAACAAACUAGCUGACUAACCAAACUCUUUGCCCUGUUUUGUAAGCAAUUUGGGGGAAAAAACAGUCCCCUCUUUCAACAUUUGUCUUUGCAAAAUAUGUUUAUUAUGCCUGCAUUAUCACUACUACCAUUUAUAACCACUGUUAAUAAUUUUUA